GGAGGAAGGAAGGUAGCGAGUGGAGGGUAGCAGAAGGAUCAGCAGCAGGAGCUCGAUUUGAAACCGAGGAAAUUGGAGGUGACAGGAUUUGUGGAAGAAGAGCAGGAGUAGAGAGGAGGUGGAGCGAGAGAUUGAGAGAUUUCUAGGGAGGUGAAGAGAUCGUUCUCUUCGUUGAGUUUUCGAGUCGUCGGCGCGAUGGAUUCCCGAGCAAUUCAGGUGUACAAUCCGUCGAUGGCCGCGUUGAACCGAGCGCGAGCUGCGUUGUCUACCGCGGAAUGGUCGGAGAUGCCCUUGCUCAUGCAGGAAUUUCUCGCCGAAUUGGAGAAUUUCUGCCCUGUUCAAGGAUCGAUUCCAGCUCCGACCCGGCGCAGUCCGCUGCCGGUUUGGUACCCGAGGAGACCUCUGCAGGACAUCACCAGGAUUUUGAGCUCCCGAGAUGGGACAUCAAAUUCAGGAUGCAAGCCUGAAUUGAAGCCGAAGAAGAAGUUCCAGAAGUGUCGGAAUAUCGAAAUUCCGGCCGUGUUCGAUGAGAAUUCGAAUCCGAAUCUCAGGCAGUCAGUUCCGAGAAAGCCGACGAUGUAUUCGAAAACUGCUGCGUCCGUGGCCAACAGAGGUGCACUGCUCAGGAGGGGAUUCAGAUGACCGUAAACCAUUUCGUUUACAUGAUAUCGUGUCAUUCAACAUAUGUUGAAGAUCCAAUGCUGACAGAACGACGUAGAGAUGCGUUCUGCAAUUGAGUAGUAGCAAUCUUGAAGAUCUCCGUUUGAGGAGAUAGCCGGCAUUAAUCUAGAUAGUGAGUUUACAUACGUGGAGUAUUCUUGUAGUGGAGGAAAGGAAAGGUAUCUGUCAAUGAGAACUCUCAAGCAGUUGCCGAAUUUGCUGUCGAAUUUAAAGCAGCGUUAGACGAAUAGCAAUGAAAAUCGACAAUGCCGGCCACUACAUCAGUGGAACGACGAAUGUAGGGAUAUUGUACAAUAGGCUCGUUGUCCCCUGCGUCACUGAGUAAUCUUUCCGAAUUACUCAAUUACGAAUUAGGUUCACCAAGUGAAGCCAACUCUCAUUUUCACUGUCCAGCAGACAGUUGUAAAUAAUCAAAGUAUUCCCUCAAGCUCGUGUACGAUGAAUAUGCUUCCGUUCAAUACUAGUGAGACAUUGGACCUGAGAAAAUGCAGCUCAGAAAAUAAGUUUUGCAAUGUAUUAGAAAAAUUAGUUCCGAAAAAUAACGAAAAGAAAUGCUCUCUUGUAAAAGAAAAG